CUUAAACAUAUAUUUUAUCCUUUAAAAAUGGAGAUAUAUGCAGCAUUAUCUCCAUAUACGAAUCUCAUUGGCCAUUUCGAUUCUUCAUGAUAUGAAGUUCAAAUCUGUGGGACCAUAAACACACUAUAGAUCUGACGACCAUACAUACAUGACACAUCCCCAUCAUACCUUCAUCAUCUACGUCAGUUUCCCUGGACACCAGAGACCCUCGGUCACGACUAUUCCGUCUUACACCCACAGCUACAAAAACCAACAAAUCGUUUCAUCCACUCGAUCAAAACCUCUAAAUACUAACUCAUCAAUCAUUCAUCACGAUAUUAUGCUAAUUCGAGGUGGGGUUGAUUCGAAGUGGUGAAACUACACGGUUUCAUGGAGUUUCCGAUGGUUUUAAGAGCUCCGACGACUAACCCAACUCCGACUACUUCCGCUUACUGCUGUAGCAGAGGAAGUGUCUGGUUGCCGGAGAGAUUAAAGAAACGGAGGUACGUUUCCGUAAAAAGAGCAGUAAGCGUGAGAGCUACGGUCGAGAGAAAUGGUGGUGAGGGGAUCGAUACAGGAGAGAGGAAGAGCGCUGUCGCUGGCGGCGGUGGUAGCGUCGGAGCAAGCUAUACAAGUUCUGCAAUGGAGGUCACUACAUUUAACCAGACAUUCCCAGAUGCUGAGUUUCCAGUUUGGGACAAAAUCGGUGCUGUUGUCAGACUCAGCUAUGGAAUCGGAAUUUAUGGUGCAAUGGCAUUUGUAGGAAACUUUAUAUGUUCAACAACAGGAAUCGAUAGCACAGGAGGAUAUUCACCAUCAUUAGAUGCAAUUGUUCAAGGACUUGGAUAUGCUGCUCCUCCUAUUAUGGCCCUUCUUUUUAUUCUAGACGACGAAGUGGUGAAGGUAUCGCCUCAUGCUCGUGCAAUACGGGAUGUUGAAGAUGAGGAGUUAAGAAGCUUUUUCUAUGGAAUGUCUCCAUGGCAGUUUAUAUUAAUUGUGGCUGCAAGUUCAGUUGGAGAGGAGCUCUUCUACCGGGCUGCAGUUCAGGGUGCAUUAGCUGAUGUGUUUUUAAGGGGGAAUGAUCUUGUAACAAAUGCACAUGGAAUGGCUGCACUGACAGGUGUAUUGCCUCCAUUUGUACCAUUUGCACAAGCAUUUGCAGCUGUGAUCACAGCUGCACUCACGGGUUCGCUUUAUUAUGUGGCUGCAUCUCCAAAAGAUCCUACUUAUGUUGUGGCACCAGUUUUGAGUUCACGUUCUGGUCGUCAAGAAAUGAAGAAACUUUUUGCAGCAUGGUAUGAAAGGAGACAAAUGAAGAAGAUAUAUUCUCCAUUACUUGAAGGACUUCUAGCUCUUUACCUUGGAUUUGAAUGGAAUCAGACGAAUAACAUUUUAGCGCCCAUCAUCACGCAUGGAAUUUACUCUGCAACGAUACUCGGACAUGGGCUUUGGAAGAUUCAUGAUCACCGAAGAAGAUUACGCCAGCGAGUUCAGCAGCUUAAUCUUGAAGAAAAGAACUUGAGAAAUUUCUGAAAUUAGGUCUAGUAUUAGUAGUAAUAGAAACUAUACCCUUUUGGCAUGAAGAAGCUUGUAUAUAAGUAAACAAUAAUUCUGUGUGGUUUUGUACUAUAAAUACUAUACAAAGAGACUAUUUUCAUGACCCAAGCUUAUGGCAUUUUUUGACACAGAAAGUGUAAAACAUUGAAAUCACAUGUCUUUUUAUGGUUUAUUGGUUCUUAUUCCUUUAAGAAAGUAGUACAUAAUACAAACAUGGGUUUAGACCUAUAACUAUGUGUGCCUAAUGUACAUAUACACACUAAUAUGCCCCCGUUGUUUGAAUGAGAGGCUGCUGAACACUCAAACUGGAUCAAAACUUUGAGAAUAACGAGCACCGGAGUCCCUUGGUGAAGAUGUUGACAUACUGAUAUUGCGACGAGACACAAAAAACUUGAAUAUGUCCAAGGGCCAUUGUCACGAAGAAAGUGCUUGUCGAUCUCUAUAUGUUUCAUCUAUUGGUGCUAUAGGAGGUUGGUGGAUAUGUAGAUGAUGUUACUGAAUAAGAGCAUGAAGCUCUUGUAGGAGGACACAAAGCCAAGAAGUCUCGGCUACGUAUCUGUAACACCAAUGUUGAGGUUUGGAGGACCAUGAUAUUAGGCUUAAUAUUUUCGCAUGAAUGAUAUAAUUAGC